AUGCAGAGAGGGAAGCCCUACAGAGCACCGCCUACCGUAGGACAGACCUUCUGCCAGAAGCACGGCCUGAUGUCUGAGGUGGUUGAUCUGAGGUGGGGUAUUCGGAACACAGAGGUCACCAACCACAUGACCACGGAACUCUGCUUGGAGGAGCUUGGCUGGUGUCGGAAAACAUCCAUAGGGCCAGCUUUUGUUGCCCUCGUAGGUGACCAGUACGGCCCCCGUCCAAUCCCCUCACUGAUCGAGGAAAAGGAGUGGGAGGGGCUGAAAGCUCAGCUGAGCGCCAGGCCACGUGACCUGGAGCUGGUGGCACGACGCUUCCGGACAGACAAGAACGCCGUUCCCCCCACCUACCUGCUGCAGACCCUGGGCAGCGGGGAGGCCCGUGGGCCCGAGGAGGCCACCCUGAUCUCUGCAUUGCGCUCUGGAGCCCAGGAGGCCGGCAGGUUGGGCCUCGUCACCCAGGAGAAGUGGCACCGCUACCACCGGUCAGGCAUCGAGGGGGAAAUAGAACGGGACCUGCUGAACGCAAUAGACUGGGACCAGGGGGCGACCGUCUUCCUGAGAGAUAUCCAAGACCUCAACAAACACAUCCUGGAGGUCUGCGCCCUCAAGAUAGUGGACCAGCUUGCAGCCGGCUGCCUGGACACAGACGCCCAGAACCUUCUCAGCAGCCUCAAGGAGCGCAUCGCUGACAUGCAGCCCGGAGUUCUCAAGGCCCACCACCUGGCAUGGAGCCGAGACCUGGUGGACCCCCCAAACAAGGCUCAUGGACGGUACCCAAAGGAGCUGGGGGAGCAGUUUGUGGCCAGGGCUAACCAUCAGGUCCUCGAGUGCCUCCAGAAACUGGAGGCAGGCAGGCAGGAGUUGGCUUGGCUCUAUCAGGAGAUCCGCCACCACCUGGGGCUCAGUGCCGAGGCCCCCCAGACCUUCUGUGGGCACCAGGAGCUCCUAACCCAGCUGGGACAGCGGCUCCAGCAGAGCGACGGCCACCCCCACCCACCCCUGGUGCUUUUUGGACCCCCGGGCAUCGGAAAGACUGCUCUGAUGUGCAAGCUGGCUGAGCAAAUGCCAGGGCUGCUUGGCCACAAGACAGUGACCGUUCUAUGGUUGCUGGGGACGUCACAGAUGAGCUCCGACGCCCGAGGCCUGCUCCAGAGCAUCUGCUUCCAGGUGUGCCUGGCCUAUGGGCUACCCCUGCCCCCUGCCCAGGUCUUGGAGGCCCAUACCAGGGUGGUACAGUUUUUCCACACCCUCCUCCACACCAUCUCCUGCCGAAAAUUUGAGUCCCUUGUGAUCCUGCUGGAUUCGGUGGAUGAGGUAGCCUCUGUCCACCGUGCUCGGAGGGUCCCCUGGCUGCCUCCCAAGUGCCCCCCAAGGGGCCACCUCAUCCUCUCAGUCUGCUCAGGACAGCGGGGCGUUUUAGACACUGUGCGGCAGGUGCUCACGGACCCAGGUGCUUACUGGGAGGUGAAACCCCUCUCUGGAAGCAAAGGGCAAGAGAUGGUUCAGCUCCUGCUGGCCGCCUCGAGGAGGACGCUGAGCCUGAUGCAGAGGGACCUGCUCUGAACCAGCCUCCCAGAGUGUGGGCACCCAGGGCGGCUGAGGCUGGCCUUCAAGGAGGCCCGGAAAUGGGCCUCCUUCACCAUGCCGGCCCCUCUGGCCUCCACUGCUAAGGAGGUGAUGCACCAGCUGUGUGCCCACCUGGAGCAGACACGUGGGCAGCUCCUGAUGGCCUGAGUGCUGGGCUAUACAUUGUUGAGCAGGCAUGGGCUCUCGGAGGCAGAGAUGAAGGAUGUCCUGUCCUUGGAUGACGAGGUCCUGCAGGCUGUGUACCAAGACUGGACCCCGCCCAGCAAAGAGCUGCUGCGUUUCUCACCCCCGCUGUGGGUGAAGCUUCGUCGAGAUCUGGGUAACUGCUUGGCCAGGCGGCCCGUGGAUGGCUUCAUACUCCUGGCUAUCGCCCACAGACAGCUGGCCGAGGUGGUCCGAGAGCGCUUCCUGUCAUGGCCCGAGAAAGCCAAGGGUCACGGAGUCUUGGCCGACUUAUUCUCAGGGACCUGGAGCCAGGGAACCAAGAAACUCAUCACGCUGCCACUUGUGGGGAAACCCCUGAACCUGGACCACAAGGUGGCCCCUCAGCCCCUGUGGUUCUCAGACACAGUCGCAAACCUGCAGAAGCUGAAGGAGUUACCCUACCACCUGAUCCACUCAGGCCGCAUCGAGGAGCUGAAGCAGGAGGUGCUGGGCAGCAUGAACUGGAUUUCCUGCCGGGGCAUCUCAGGGGGCAUUGAGGGUCUGUUGGAUGACUUUGACCUGUGCGCCCUUCACGUGGACUGUCCUGAGGUCAGCCUGGUCCGGGAAGCCCCCCAGCUGUGCCGCCCGGCAGUGGAGCUCCGACGCAUGGAGAGAAGCAUCUUGUGUACAGAACUCCUGGCCAGCCUCCAUUUCUUCGCCACCUCACAUCCGGCGCUGGUGGGACAGCUGUGCCAACAGGCGCAGAGCUGGUUCCGGAUGUGCCCACACCCUGUGCUGGUGCCCCUCGGAGGAUUCCUCCAGCCCCCGGGAGGACCCCUCCAGGCAACCCUCACCGGCUGUCACAAAGGCAUCACUGCCAUGGCAUGGAGCCUGGAAGAGAAGCUGCUGGUGGUUGGCACCCAGGAGAGCAUGGUAGCUGUGUGGGAUAUGGAAGAACAGCAGGUGAUCCACAUCCUAGCUGGACACACAGGAGGGGUGAGGUGUGUGAAAGUGUUUGCCAAAGGAUCGUUUGCCAUCUCUACCUCGAAGGAUCACACGCUGUGCUUGUGAAACUUACUCUCUAACCAGGAGAAAUUCACCAUUUGGGAUGGAGGCUCAGAAGGUCCCACUGAACCUCAGAUCUUGAGCCUUCAUGUGGAUGAAGCAAAGAAGGUUGUGCAUUCAGCAUCUAGCUCAAAGAUCAAUGCUUGGAAUCUGGAAACUGAAGAGCUGAUUUUCCAUAUCCUGGGGGAUGCCUCUGACCCCUGGGUGUGCACGGCAGUGCUGGCUUCCAGGGCUACGUUGCUGACGGUGUCGCAGGGUGACGCGGUCAGUCUGUGGAGUUCAGCCACAGGAACACUGCAAAGGAAGCAACAUUUGUCCAGCAUCAAAGAAGAAACAAUAACCUGUGGGGUCUCAGUCCAGAAACAAAGAAAGAUGGUGACCGGGUCCAGUAAGGGCUCCAUCUCUUUGGUUUCCUCCGAAGGAGACAGCCUGCUGGAGAAGCUUCCAGAAGCCGUGGGGUUCCUGGUGGUCUCUGAAGAUGAGUCCCUUCUCGCUGCAGGUAGCAUUUAGCUCUCAUUUGGAGUCAUGAGGCGGAAACUCCGGAUUUGGUUGGAAGUGGAGAGGGGCUUGGGGAAAGGGUGAAGAGGGUCAGCAAACUUUUUCUGCAAAGAGCCUCAUAGUAAAUGAACAUCAUUGCCUGUCUCUGUCACAACUAUCCAAUCCUGCCCUUGUAAUUCGAAAGCCUCCAUGGACGAUAUUUCAAGUGAGUAUGGCUAUGUGCCAAUAAAACUUUCAUGGAUGCUGAAAUUUGAAUUUCAUACCAUUUUCAUGUGUUAUGAAAUAGUAAUCUUAUUUUAGUUUUUUCAAGCAUGUAAAAAACUUAAAAACUAUUAGCUCACAUAUAAAAAUCGGGGACCAGCCAAUUUUCACCCACGGGUUGUAGUUUGCCAACACAUGUUCUGGAUAAAUCUCUGAACCUUUCUGGGCUUCCGGUCCAUUAUCUUGGAAAUGGGAGUGGUUAUUCCUGCCAGAGAGUCACAGGGAUAGAGGGAGGUAGGGUGAGAGGAUAGGGUACACUCAGCCCACACUACCCCAGCCACAAGAAAGACUGGUUGGUGCUAUGUCAAGAUAAGAAACAGGGGCUAUAGGAACAUGUGACAGGAUUCCCUUUCCUUAGUCUGAAGCAAUCAGGGAAGGCUACCUGGUAGAGGUGACCAACAGGUGCUCCACAUCCCGAUUUUUUUUUAAAGAAAAAAAUUUUAGAGCAGUUUUAGGUUCACAGCCAAACAGAAGAUACAGAGAGUUCCAUAUACCCGUGUGUGGGGCUGUGCUCCCACUCACACACAGCCUCCCCCAUUUUCAAUAUGACCCACCAGAGUGGUGAAUUUGAACCUACACUGACACAGCAUCCUCACUCAAACUCCAUAGCUAACAUUAUGAUUCACUCUUAGUGUUGCAUAUUCUGUGGGUCUGGACAAAUGUAUAAUGAUGUAUAUCCAUAGUUAUAGUAUCAUACAGGUUACUUUCACUGCCCUUAAAGCAGUCUGAGUUUUACAAAGCCAUUUCCAGGGGCCAAAGACACUUUAGACCAGCACUGUCCAGUAAUGCAGACUAUGAAUGUGAGUCACAUUUAUACUGUGAAUUUUCUCCUGACCCUCGUUAAAGAGGUAAAAAGAAACAGGUCACCUUUGUGUUAAUGAUAUAUCUUAUUUAAUACAAUAGACCCCAAAAGCCAACAUGAAAUCAGUAUGAUGUUAAUGGUAUAUUUCACAUUACUUUUAAAAUUCUUGUGUGAAGUUUUUGAUCUCUAGCAUGUAUUUUAUACUUAUGGCUCAUCUCUUGAGACCAGCCUCAUUAAUAGCCACGUGUGACUUGUGCCAACCGUACUGGAGAGUGCAGGUCCAGUAGAUAAAUGCUUAUCCUCUAAGAUUGACUGACGGCAGGUUGAAGGAUGUAUACCCUCCAUCUUGUUUCCAAAAGAAUUUCAAGUGACUUAAGUGUGUAUAAAAUAAGCAUGGGGAACAGGAACAAAAGACAAAAGAAAAUGAGCACAAAAUAGAAUCAAGACUGAGACCAAAGGCAUUGAGGACCUCAGUGACCUAGCAACUUGUUACAGUUGGGUUUCAAGUGUGGCUUUUUCCAGCAUCCAGUGAGAAGAAGGAGCCUGAGCAGUUUUUCCAUCCACAGUUUUGGGAACCAACCUUUGCUUGCAAGAUGUACCUCAAUCUUAAGUCAGCUAAGAUCAGGCAAGAUUUCAUUGAUAAAUAGAAUCAGGGGUCCCCAAGAUCAUCUUCAGGUCUGAUGAUGUUUUAGGGCUCACAGAACUCAGAAGAGCUGUUACACUCACAGUUACAGUGUAUUGCAGCAAAAGGGUACCGAUUAAAAUCAGCAAAAGGAAGAGGCACACGGGGCAGAGUCCAGGAGAGACCAAGCACGAGCUUGUCCUCCUCCAGUGGAGUCUUGCAAGCAGUGAUUACUUACCCAGCAAUGAUGUAUGACAACAUCCAUGGCGUCCGGCCAACCAGGAAAUCUCACCCCAGCCUUGGCGUCCGGGCUUUUCACUGGUAGAUGGUCAUGUAGACACGGCUGAUCCUUGCACAGCUAACUUGAAUCACCAGCCCCACCCCUGAGGUCAAGCUGAUACGGCAUGUCCCAAAGCUCCCACCAUACGUCACACUCUGAGCAUAGACCAUGCAGUGUGGCCCAAGGCCUCAGGGUAACAAAGAUACUCCUUUUAGGCAGGACAUUCCAAGGGCUUAGAGGUCACCUUCCAGGAGCCAGACGAGGACCAAAUCUUUCAUGUGCAGGGUGUGGAUGUCCCAGGCCUGCUGAGCUCAUCCUUUACUGCAUAAGAGUAUAAUGCAAAUAUCCUUGGACAGCAGAUAUUUUGGUGCAUUUCUUCAGUUUCCCACACACAUGUUUCAUCCAUAACAUCCUUCCAUGUGAGGCUAUCAUUCAAGCACAGUUCAAUAAAAGUAGUUCCACAGGGAGCAUGGAGAGACAUAAGGCAGACUCAGCCCCCAGCCCUCAGUGACCUGACCUGAUCCAGGGAUUGUCUUGAGGCGAAACCGAGAUGUCACAUGUGAGGUGCACAGCAGAGAGCCUCAUACCGUAACUCCUCAGUGAGAGAGUUAACCUUGUAAUAACAGUAGUUAAUACUUGGGUAUUUACAGUGUGUUAGAACUCAUCCUAAACAGUUAACAUGUGUUAAUUCCUUUACACCCCAAUAGCCCUGGGAGGUAGGCACUUUUAUUAUUCUCAUUUAUAGAUGAGCAAACUGAGGCACAGAGAAGUUAGGUAACUUGCCUGAGGUCACACAGCUGUAAGUGGAGGGGCUGGGAUUUGAAUUCAUAGUCAGGCUUGACUCUGCAGCCUCAAAUAAGAUGCUGAAUGUUUGUUUAUUUACUGACAAUGUUUUAUUUCUGAACCUCUGGAAGAAUUGAUGGCUUGCCUAUCUUGUCAGCCAUAACUCCUGGGAAAGCACAGGGUAUCCACUUGAAUGAGGUCAUGCUAACCCAGCACCCACAACGAGACCUGAGCUGUCGGUGCCAAUGGAAAUGCGUGACUUAGCAGGCGAUCUGUGGUGUUCCAGGGACAGAGAUCUUUUUAUAAAGUAAGGGGGCGGCUUCCUUCCCACUCAAAAGAAAACAAUAAACACACAAACAGCUGAGUUUCUCUGCCAGCUGCUGCGGUGUGUCCCAUGGUGCAUUUACUGGCUGAGCAGAAGCAGGGCCUGCACUCUCUCCUGUAUGGGGCCUGGAAGGCCAUGCAUAAUCUGGCCUUCACCCACCUCCCUGCGCUGCUAGGGGUCCUCUCAACAAAACGUUCACUCAGACAGUAUUUGGAACACAAGAGAACAAGUCCCCUUGGGUAGGGUUGCCAGAAAAAAUACAGAACACUCAGUUAAAUUUCAGAUAAACAACAAAUCAAGUUUUUAGUAUAAGUAUAUCCCACAUAA